AUGGCUGGGUACAAGCCGAAGGUGAUUUCUCUAACCAAGAGGCCGGGUCAGACAUUUGGUUUCUAUCUGAGGCAGGAGCAUGGCGAAGAGGGUCACCUGGUUCGCUGUCUGGAUAUGGGAGGACCGGCCGAACUGGCAGGCAUGAAAGAUGGAGACCGCAUUCUCAGGGUCAAUGGAACAUUUACUGAUGCACUGUCCCAUUCAGUGGUGGUGGACCUGGUGAGAAACAGUGGAACCUCUUGCACGUUCCACAUCCUGAAUGAAGCCCCCUACAAACAAGCAAAAGCAGAGGGAGAAAACUUGUCCAGCCCACAGAGCACGUCGGUCGCCAAUGGUGUCGCCAAUGGUGUCGCCAAACAAGCUCCAAAUCCCAAACUCUGCUACUUGCUCAAGUCCAGCUCGGGAUAUGGGUUUUCUCUUCGCUCAGACAAAAGUCAGCCUGGUUUGUUUAUGACGGAGGUGAUCCCAGGAGGUGUGGCUGACGGAGCCGGGGUCAAAGCCAACGACCGCCUGUUGGAAGUCAACGGAGAGAACAUGGAAGACUCCACACACGACCAAGCUGUGGACAAAAUCAGACUGGGAGGUGCCAGCAUUAUGUUCCUAUUGGCUGAUGAGGGAACAGACCGGUACUAUCAGAGCAAGCAUAUGAAGAUGGAAGCCUGUUUAGCCACAACCAAGUUCCUCCCUCACAAGCCACGCAUAAUUGAAAUGGCCAAAGGACCUGAUGGAUAUGGCUUCUUGCUAAGGGAGGAGCCCAACCAAACAGGACAUUUCAUCAGGGACAUAGACGAAGGUAGCCCAGCAGAACGAUCAGCUCUGAAGGACAUGGACAGACUGGUGGCUGUGGAUGGCGAGGAGGUGGACAGCUGCACGCAUCAGCAGGUAGUGGAUAAGAUCAGGGAGAGUGGCAAAGUUUGCUGCCUCCUGGUGGUGGACAAAGACACAGAUCAAAUGUAUGGCCAGGGGAAAGUGUCUCCUAUGCUUUUCUGCGAGGAGAUGAAGGGUUGCAAUUCACCACCCAGUUACACAGAGGCCAUCAAUUUACCUGCUACCGUCCAACAAGCAUCACAAGUCCAGGUGAAGGACGAGGAGCUCAAGCCAAAACUUUGUAAAAUGGAGAGGACCUCAGCUGGAUAUGGCUUCCACCUUAAAGGCAUCCAAGGAGUUCAUGGGCAGUACCUUGAGGUGGAGAAGGGUGGAGCGGCUGACAGGGCAGGUCUGAACGACGAGGACGUUGUGGUGGAGGUGAACAGUGUGAAUGUGGAACAGAGUACCCAUGAGGAGGUGGUGGAGAUUAUUCGCGACAGUGGCAGCUCUCUGGAGAUGCUGGUGGCUAAAAAGAGCGUCUAUGACCAGCUCAAAGCUAAAGGAGUGAGUAUCACCAGGCUGCUACUUGAGGAAACAUCCUACGCUCAAGUUCACAAUCAAGAGAGCAAGGAGGAGGCCAGACCUGAAACACCACCUGGACCAGCAAGAGAGCGGAGCUCAUCAGUGUCAUCAUCUGCAUCUCACAACAGUUUCGACGAGAGGCUCUGAGACGUCACCUUGAGGACACGUCCCCUGAUUUGGCCUUUUUCAAUUUAACA